AUGUCGUUCCUCCAUUUCAAUCCAAACGCCACGGCACCGGGCACAAAAUUUCAGCGGACGCCGGUUUCCUAUACCCAGCAACCUGCGAUCGGAAAGCGAACAGAUAAGAAUGACAGGCCAGCAACAGACCGGAACCAGAACCUAGAUUCGCGUAUUGAUGCAGGCGACAAUCAUUGGGCUUCGCUGCAUAGUCUCUUCUAUGACGACGAUUCCAACCUGUCGGAUACAUCGAUGUCCAUAGCUACAAAUAAACGAUCCCCCGACUAUGAAGAUGAUGAGGAGAGCGACACCAGUCUUACCCCACAGGGUAGCUCCUCCAGUGACAGCGACAGUUGUGUAUCAAGUCAAGCAAAGAUAUGCUGGAUUACAAAAGAGGUGACGUGGGGUCUGAACCUCGAGCCCCGAGUGUGUGUUGGAGAAAGCAAAGACACAUCCAUCGCCAUUGAUGGUGGUGUCCGGGAUCCGAGCGACGAUCUUGGCACCCAGUGUCGGAGUGAUGACGAGUUCGACUCUGACGGUCGGACCCCACCAAUGCUGAUUAAAGAUGGCGGAGUGACAACGGAGGAGUGGAUGGUUGAUGAAAUCCUCAAAUCAAUGUUGGUGGAGGAUAAUGACCAAAGGAUGCGGUGGUAUUCGGUGGAGUGA